UCUCUCACGACCUGAUCGAAUCCCUUUUCUUCAAUCGAUUCAUCUCGCUUGAUUGCUCUGUCUCUUGGAAUGGUUGAUUAGGGUUAGGGUUUUGCUCCACAAAUCCAGGGUCCCGGUCCUUGCCUUUGUUCCUUUUGUGAUCCAUCGUCGCCUCCGCCCCGGGAUAAAGGUAAUAGCUUCGAAGCAACUGACCCGUGAAAGAAUGAAGCAUGUUUUAAAGAUUAUGGCAUUGCUAGUGGCUAUCUCUGCAUUUUGGAUAGGCCUGCUGGAAACAUCAGUUGUCCCACGCAGCUAUACUUGGCUGCUUCCAAUCUAUUUAAUUGUUUCGCUAGGAUGCUAUGGUCUUCUCAUGGUUGGAGUUGGUUUAAUGCUUUUUCCAACAUGUCCUCAAGAAGCUGUACUGCUGCAAAAGGAUAUCGCAGAGGCCAAGGAAUUCUUGAAGAAUAAGGGGGUUGAUGUGGGCUCUGAUUAAAGUUGUUUGGACCUUCCAGCAGCUGGCUUGGUGCCUUAAUUUCUUUGCUGACGUUUCUUUGCUUAUCAGAAUAUAUGGAACAUUUAAAAGAACAUGGAAUUCAUGAAGCAGGCAGCUCCUAGAUGGACAUUUUUCCUCUUCUCCAUUAACAAUGCAUAUAGUUUGCAAUUGGCUUUCAAUCAUAGAUGCUUCUAAUUUAUCUUCAUAACUUAUUUCUGUAGCCAUUUCUUCAACUAUGUAUUGCUUGCAAGCUAUUAAGGUGAAAUGCAAGCCCUGCUAUACCCCUUAUGUUGUAUGCUCCAUUGGAGCCAUUUUUGACUGUAAAAUUUAGGAGUUUAGCAGGCAGACUUGCCUAACCAUUUUGCUGUAGUUGAAGAGGGCUGAUUGGAAAAACUUGAUCAAGUGGAGACAUACACAGUUAAUGUAGCCUCUCUGGGUUCAAGAUGCUUAGUUUGCGAGGCUUGUGAUUCACAUGUUCAUUGGGUAUUAUUUCAUUCAUUCUACGGACAUCAUAUAAACUGAAUUUUGUUUUUGUAUUCAAAUUUACUAGUAGUUCACGCAUGGCCACA